AUGCGGGCCGUGCUGUGGCGGCUGCGGGCCGUGCUGAGGGGGCUGCACGGCGCGGCCGUGGCGCUGCUGCUGUGGCGGGGCCCGGGCCCGGCCCGUCCCGCCGCCUCCGAGGUGCUGAGCCAGCACCUGCGGCAGCGCCGCCUGCCCCACUGGACCUCGUUCUGCGUCAAGUACAGCGCGGUGCUCAACGACCAGUUCGGCCUCUCGUACUUCAACUGGCCCGUGGACGGCGCCAAUUACCUGGUCCUGCGCACCGGCUGCUUCCCCUUCAUCAAGUACCACUGCUCCCGUGCUGCCCCGCAGGACCUGGCGCUGCAGGACGCCUUCUUCACCGCCCUCAAGGUGCUCAACGCCGGCAUGCCCACGUUGCUGUAUGGAAUGGGCUCGUGGUUCUUUGCCCGUGUCACAGAGACUGUUCACACCAGCCACGGCCCAGUCACUGUUUAUUUUCUCAAUAAAGAAGAUGAAGGAGCCAUGUACUGAGCUCGGCUCCUGUCCUCUGCUGCCUUUGAC